UUGGCCCUGAUAUUUCUGAAGCGAGAAUGGAGACAUCUUCGCGGGGACAAGUGGGUAGGGGACUGUGGAGCUGUCCCAGAGCCCCUCGGUACAGCCAGGAGACCCAGGACAUGCUCAGAUUGAUGAUGCAGGAGUCCAGGCUCACCAACUUCCAUCAAAGAAGGAUCAAUGACUGUCUGAAGAAGGGAACAGCUUUGCCACUGGCCUGUAACCCUACAUCCUCGGUCCUGAGCCCCCAGGCGAGAACAAAAACCAUCAAGCCCGGUCCCACCCGCCUACCGGGCAAGCCUCAAAGACGCAGCGCUGAAUCCUGCCGUUCUGGGAACAGCUAUGCCAGAGAAAGGUUCCGCCCUGGUCCUACAAGAGACCUGGAGAAAGAGAAAAGGAGGUUGCAGAAUAUCUUGGCAACAGGACAAGAGGAGCCUUGUGCCAAAUUUCCCAAAAAUGUUCCUGCAGAUCAGAGUCGGGAGGUGGAGGAGGAGAGGAAACGGGACAGGCACCAGGAAGUUCUGGAUGAGAUAGAGGAGAGGAGGCAGUUUCUGGCAGAUAUGACUGCUCUGGGCCAGGGAAAGCACUACCACCACCUCAUCAACACAGAGAUAUCACAGAAGAUCCAUGAACUGAAGUUGAUAAAGGAGGCCCGCGGCACCAAAACGAAGGCAGCAAUGGCGUCUGAGAGGAAAGCAACGAGUACCGAACAGAGCAUGAAAACACAGACACAGGAGACACAAGGCUAACAGUCAGUGACUGACACAGUACCAUCCAAUCUGUCCAUUUUUUUGUGUUAGUUCUUGUUUGGUUUGAAGCUUCUCAUCUGAAAACACACACGUUAAAUUAUGAGGAGACAACUUUAGCGUGACGAGUGUGACAGUGAUGUAUGCAAAGGUGAAAAAACAUUUUACAAGGUGGUUAAAGAUAUUGUAAUUAAGCAUUAAAUGUGCAAGCCACAGACAUUAACCACUCGCAUUAACUGCUUUUAUUCCUCUGCCUCCAAUAUCAGUAUUUUAUGCAAUCCUAUUGGUUUAGGACAAAGAGCAGCUGACAAAAAAAGUAGCACUACAGAAGCCCUUGGUUUCAGCUGGACAAAAAGACAGGCACAAAGGGGAGAAACGCAGACCAACAACAGAAAUUACCAUUUAGAAUGGAGGACAAAUUAGCCACAUACACACAUACAGACAAUUUUAACAAUAGUUACAUGGGA